AUUCAAAGUCCAUUAGAAGCUGGUUUUGCUGACAAAAGAACCAGCCAAGUCAUCAGUAAAGAAGGGUUGGCCCGUGCGUAUUUAUAUGUGAAUGAGGGAGGACCCGACAUAGCCAGAAUCCUCCUUAUUUUUUGUACCAACUAUAAUCAACUGUGCUCUAAGAUUCUCAGGAGCUUUCUUGCUUGUCUUUCUAGGGUAUCAAGGGACAGGAGAAAUGGGACAGUAAUCACAGAAUUCAUCCUCCUAGGCUUUCCUGGUAUCCAAGGCCUACAAACACCUCUCUUUAUAGCAAUACUUCUCAUCUACAUAUUAACCCUUACAGGCAAUGGGCUUAUUAUUGCCAUUGUGUGGGCUGUGCCCAGGCUACAAAUUCCAAUGUACUUCUUCCUUUGUAAUUUGUCUUUCCUAGAGAUCUGGUACACCACCACAGUCAUCCCCAAACUGCUAGAAACCUUUGUAGUGGCAAGAACGGUAAUCUGCAUUUCCUGCUGCCUGCUGCAGGCCUUCUUCCACUUCUUCCUGGGCACCACCGAGUUCUUGAUCCUCACUAUCAUGUCUUUUGACCGCUACCUGGCCAUCUGCAAGCCCCUUCGCUAUCCCACCAUCAUGACCAGCAAACUCUGCCUGCAGCUGGCCCUGAGCUCCUGGGUGGUGGGCUUCACCACUGUCUUUUGUCAGAUGAUGCUGCUCAUCCAGUUGCCGUUCUGUGGCAAUAAUGUUAUCAAUCAUUUCUACUGUGAUGUUGGACCCAUUUUGAAAGCCGCCUGCAUAGACACCAGCAUUUUGGAACUCCUGGGUGUCCUGGCAACUGUCCUUGUGAUCCCAGGGUCACUCCUCUUUAAUAUGAUUUCUUAUAUCUACAUUCUGUUCACAAUCCUACGGAUUCCUUCAGCCACAGGCCGCCAGAAGGCCUUCUCUACCUGUGCCUCGCACCUGACAGUUGUCUCCCUGCUCUAUGGGGCUGUUCUGUUCAUGUACCUAAGACCCACAGCACACUCCUCCUUUAAGAUUAAUAAGGUGGUGUCUGUGCUAAAUACUAUCCUCACCCCGCUUCUGAAUCCUUUUAUUUAUACCAUUAGAAACAAGGAGGUGAAGGGAGCCUUAAGAAAGGCAAUGACUUGCCCAAAGACUGGUCAUGCAAAGUAAAACAUGCAACACAUCAAAAUGAGCUUAAUGCAGAUUAAAAACAAUUAAAGUUGAGAGAGGAUUUUGGAGAAGUUUGGUAAAACAGGCUCCUCCCAAAAUCCCAGAAGUUCUGAUUAAAUGCUAUAGUAAGAUAAAGAUGCAAAAGCAAACCAUCAUGGUUAGGGUCUCCUAUGAGAACUUGUUACAUGUAAAUGAACUAGGAGUUUUUCUUGAGAAGAAACAAUGUAAUUCUUCAACAAGGAAAUCUCAGGAUAUCCUCAGAUGCAUGAAGUAGAACUCUGAACUUGUCAAUGGUAAACUGAAAGUAGAAACCACUAAGGUCAGUCACAAAUGUCAACAACUUUAAAAAUGUGUAAGGAAUCCUGUCUCCCUCUUUGUUUAUGACCACCAUCUUUUUUUUAUGACCACCCUCUUUGCCUCAUCUUCUUGUCAAAAAUAUAAAACAUUCCACAUCUCAUUUUCUUAGUUCCUAUCAUCUUCAUCAUAAGAGAAGCACGCUACAGACUUCUCAUAAUUCUAAUGUUCCUUCCAAAAUGUUUGAAAUGAAUCAGCUUUGUGUUUGACAGUAUCUCAAUAAGGGGACUUCUAUCUUGAAAUAAUCCAAAUUUUUAGAUAAACUUAGAGGUGUUCAUCCUCAGAUAAUACCAAAACUUGAGAACAUCUUAUAAAAAUUUCCAUUUACAGUUCAUGGAUUACAGCAGUUCCUGGGCUCCAAUAUAAGUAAACCAAGUGCCUAGGAAGCUAGGAAAAGUCUCAGAGCCAAUAUAUCUAGAAACGCUUUCCUACUGGAAAAUGUAGCCCCAAGGUUACAUGAAGCUCAGGGUUCACAUGUAGGUUGUCACUGAAACCCCCAGGGUUCAGUCAGGUCCUGGUGCUUGCUGCACAUAAUAUCGAUCACCGAGUCACUGAGCAUUGCCAGGGAAGAAGGCUUUAACUGAAUGCUGCAGCCAAGAAAAAUGGGAGGUAAAGUCUCAAAUCCAUCUCCCCAAACGCCUAAAAUUGGGAGGUUUUAUAUAUAGUGGAAGGGAGGGAGAAUAGGAAUUAGAGAGGGGUAAGGAAGAAGAGUUGGUAAGGUGAGAAAACAGGAAUUAGGGAGGGUAAGAAAGCCAUCAUGAUGAAUGAGGGGCCAGGCAUCUUGUUGUCUGGAUUGGUGAUCUAGUGGGCUUCAUUCAGUCUUUUGCCCAAGAGUCAGUUUCCUGAGGAAGGAACUCAGUUAAGACAAAUGUAAGUUUCAGGUUUUAAGACAGAGUGUCAAUUUCUGUGUUCAUUUAAAAAUCCAUAAAUAUCUUUUGUGUGGGACAACUGGGCUGGUUUCAGGGUUAGUGUGCAAAGUCCCUCAAAGUAGGCUACAAACCUACUGAUCAGACCUUGUCUUUAGGUAAGAUAUCUUUUUAGGCAAUGAUAAUGCAGGUGAUUCAGUUUGUGAUAAUGAGUAUUAGAUAUGUCCCUUCCCAACAGUAAAGAAAAACUAGCAUUAAAAGACCAUUAAACUAUGGCCAAAAAAAAAAAGAUAACUGCUGUAAACACAAAAUAAAAUUCUAAGGGUCCCUCAGUCAUCUGAAUGGACUCCUCCUCUUGGCCAGGGCACUCCAAAGUUAACCUGAAAGACUGGUUCAGAUCAUGACAGGAAGAAGGGGUCAGACACGCCUCAUUAUGCCCUCCUCCCUUUUGGAAUUCAGGAAAAGCUGACCAGCAUUUAACAUCAACACAGACCUUAAGUCUGAUAAGAAACAUUUACAAAUGUACAAUCUAUUCUCUCUGAAGCUUACUACCUGGAAGCUGCAUUUGCUUGAUAAAACUGGUCUCCACAACCCCUUAUCAUAACCCAGACAUUCCUUUCUAUUGAUAAUAACUCUUUCAACCAAUUGCCAAUCAGAAAAUUUUUAAAUCUACCUAUAACCUGGAAGCCCCCCACCCCCUACUUCAAGUUAUCCUACUUUUCUGGAUAGAAACAAUGUAUAUCUUAAAUGUAUCUGACUGAUGUCUCAUGUCUCUCUAAAGUGUAUAAAUCCAAGCUGUGACCCAACCACCUUGGGCACAUGUUCUCAGGAUCUCCUGAGGGCUGUGCCACAGGCCAUGUUCACUUGUAUUGGGGUCAGAAUAAAUCUCUUCCAAUAUUUUACAGAGUUUGACUCCUUUCAUCAACACUGCACAUUCCUUUUAAUAUUGAAUUGAAAAUU